CCCCCUUCCUCCCCACCUAUACCUACACCUCACCACGGCCACCCCUUUGGCCUUCACUCACCAUGGCCCAGCGCAUGACCAAGGAGGAGGAGGCCGAGCUGGAGCGCCUCGAGGCCCUCGGUGCAGCGCGUAAAGCCGGGCAGAAGGCGUAUGCGCAGAAAAAGUACGAGGGCGCGUCGCAGCACUUCUCGACCGCCAUCGAGCUGCAGAGCGGCGACUUUAAGCUCCACUCAAUGCGCUCGCUCUGCUUUCUCAAGCUUCGCAAGUUCCAGCUGUGCGUGGGCGAUGCUCAGAUCAUGAUCAAUUUGAAGCGGAAGAACCCGGCUGGUUACCAUCGCAAAGGCCUUUGCCAUCUGCAGCUCCGCGAGUACGCGCUAGCCUAUCGCACCUUUCAGGACGGCUUGCUCCUCAAUCCGGGCGCGCCCGCACUCGUCAAGGGUCAGCGCGAUGCUGUCGCCGCCCUGCGCUCCGGCAAAGUCACUCAGCUGACCUCCACUGCCCUGCUCUUCUCGUACUAUGGACCUGACGGCAAUGUCGAGCGCGGCGACCGCAAACGCGUCCAUCUCGACGCCGCCGCCCUCGCGGCCGAGGUCGGCGGUGAGAGUGAGCCCGGUGCAGGUCCGGUCGACGUGUCGGCCGAAGCUGAGCUGGCGUCAUACUCGUGCGACAUGUCGCGGAUGGUCGGCGCCCUCCGCGACCGCCGCAUUGAGGUCUUUGGCCACCAUGCCACCCGCAUCGGCGGCGGCUCGCCGGAAGAGCUCGCCCGCUACAUCCGCAACUUUUCGACGUCGAUCCGGUCCACUCGCACUACAUCGUGUACUACACCGGCCGCGCCCAAGUGGGAACCGGCGACUGGGCUGUCUCCUCACCGCGCUUCUCCUUUGCCGACAUGAUGGCGGCCUGGCAACUCUCGGCCGCGUGCGCCGCCGGCUCCCGCCUCGUCAUUAUUGCCGACUGCUCACACUCGGGCGCCUGGGCCGAUGAGCUCGCUGACAAUCCGGCGUACGCACAACUCUCCAAUGUCGCCGUCCAAGCGUCUGCGCUCGCCUCGCAGGCCGCCGGCGCUACCAUCGCCGGCGGCGAGUUUACCCAGACCUGGCUCGACGGCCUCUCGCUCAACGUCAAUCGCCGCAUCGUCUCGGUCGGCACCGCGCCCACCCCCUCCACGGCCUCGCGGCCGUCCAGCAUGGCUCGUACGCUGAGAACGAGGCAUCGCGGCCGGCCAUCCUGAUUGCGCCCUGGCUCCCACAGCUCAACAGCCUCCUUGCUCUGGUUCAAACUCCGCUCGCCUACGCAAAGUGGGCAAUGCGCGACGAGGUCGUCAUCCACUGCGGCCGCCGUAUGCACCUGCUCAACGUUGCCGCGGCACGCCACAUCUCCACCAUCCACGAGCUGGAGGUUGACGAGCUCGAUGGCUCGCACGCACCGGCGCCCGAGUGUCGAGUCUCAUAGGCCAGCUCUUUGUUCAUUCGUAACACGCCUUCUCUGCCUU